CACGGACAGCACCGCCGGGAGCGAGCCCUGCGCGCUCUGGGCGGAGGGGCGGGGAUAGGCGGCCUCAUCAGCUGAUGCCUUACGUAGGCUGGAUCCCCACUUUGAGAAGCAGGUCUGGAGGGGCGCGCCAGCGUUCCGCCCCAAAGCCGCGGCCCCAGACGGCGUGGGGCUGGGGCUGGGGCCAUAGCAGGAGGCAGAUCCCCAGAAAAACGGCCCCUGCCUGGCUUCCCUGCACGGGCUUGAGGCUGCAGCCCGCCGCCCGGAGAGAGGGGCGAGGAGGGAGCCAACGCGCAGCGCAAGUACUGCUCUGACGCACCAGCACCCCCUCCGGCACCCACAGGCUCCGGGGGCGCCAGCUGCCCCCCGACUUGCGAGAUGCUCAGCUCUGGGUGACCAGACUGCUGUCCGUGCCGGGGGGAAAAGCCCGGGCAAGUGACGGCUUCGGAGGGCCCCGGCUGCGCUGCGAGACGCAGCCCAGCAGCCUCCUCUCAGCCACCCCGUCUCCCGCGUGUGCUCGCUGGCAGGAGGUUUCGUAAACAAUCCCCAGAAACCCCGCCACCAGCCAGAGGUCGCAAACACCCCGAGUGGCUCCGGGCGCAGGGGCCACGACUGUCUUCCCGAACGCCCCUUCUGCACGCACCCCGGGCCGGUCUCCUGACCCAGCGAUGGAUUCACCUGUGAACCUAACCUAUUUUUUUCUCUCCACCCCCACCCCUUCGGAGACCAACCACAGCAGCCUUGACGCCGAAGACCCGCGCCCCAGCCCGCCCCUCCACUCUGUCUUCGGUGUGCUUGUUCUGACCUUGCUGGGCUUUCUGGUGGCUGCGACCUUCUCCUGGAACCUCCUGGUACUGGCGACCAUCCUCCGUGUGCGCACCUUCCACCGGGUUCCGCACAACUUAGUGGCGUCCAUGGCCAUCUCGGACGUGCUCGUGGCGGCUCUGGUCAUGCCGCUGAGCCUGGUGCAUGAGUUGUCCGGCCGGCGCUGGCAGCUGGGUCGGCGGCUGUGCCAGCUGUGGAUCGCGUGCGACGUGCUCUGCUGCACCGCCAGCAUCUGGAAUGUGACCGCCAUCGCGCUGGACCGCUAUUGGUCCAUCGCGCGUCACCUGGAAUACACGCCCCGCGCCCGCAAGCGCAUCUCCAAUGUUAUGAUCGUGCUCACCUGGGCACUCUCCGCGGUGAUCUCGCUGGCGCCGCUGCUCUUCGGCUGGGGGGAGACAUACUCGGAGCGCAGCGAGGAGUGCCAGGUGAGCCGCGAGCCCUCCUACACCGUGUUCUCCACCGUGGGCGCCUUCUACCUGCCGCUCUGCGUGGUGCUCUUCGUGUACUGGAAGGUCUACAAGGCCGCCAAGCUCCGCGUGGGCUCCAGGAAGACCAACAGCGUCUCACCCUGGCCGGAGGCUGUGGAGGUGAAGACCCCUGCGCAGCAGCCCCAGAUGGUGUUCACCGUGCGCCACACCACUGUCACCUUCCAGACAGAAGGGGACACGUGGAGGGAACAGAAGGAGCAGAGAGCUGCCCUGAUGGUGGGCAUCCUCAUCGGGGUGUUCGCGCUCUGCUGGCUGCCCUUCUUCACCACGGAGCUCAUCGGCCCUCUCUGCGCCUACGACAUCCCCGCCGUCUGGAAGAGCAUCUUCCUUUGGCUUGGCUACUCCAACUCCUUCUUCAACCCGCUCAUCUACACAGCGUUCAACAAGAACUAUAACAGCGCCUUCAAGAACUUCUUUUCUAGGCAACACUGAGCGGGAGGCCUGGGGAGGAAGGGACAAGAUCCUCGAACUCAGUGAGAUUUCCAGCUCCAUCUGCUUCCCCGUCCCUACCAUGGACCCCUUCCACAUGGAAAAGGCACGUCCUCCAGGCUCUCCGGGGUCAUCUUCAGAACUAGCCCUCACUUCCCCACUCCGAGGUAGGAAUGUGGGUCUUCACAGGCAGCUUGGGUGCCCUUUUUUUUCUUUUACAAUUUUUUUAAAAGAUUUUAUGUAUCUGACAGAGAGAUCACAAGUAGGCAGAGAAGCAGGCAGAGAGAGAGGAGGAAGCAGGCUCACCGCUGAGCAGAGAGCCCGAUGCGGGGCUCGAUCCCAGGACCCUGAGAUCAUGACCUGAGCCACCAAGAUGGCCCUGGGUGACCUUCUUGAUCUAACUUAAUCUGUUAUUGUUCACUCUGCACCUAACAGCCACAGACUUUGCCCACAAAAUGCCCCUCCAGUCCACUCCAGCCUGGUCGUCGUCCUGGCCCCAGAGCAGUCAUACAAGGUAAACGAGAGGAAGGAAAUCAAGCAACGUGGCUAGAAAAUGGUGGAGAAGAAGUCAGAACGGGGACACCAGAGGGGUAGGAAACCAGAAUUCCCAGUUUUCUGGUAUAGUCCCUAACUUGAAAUUUCGUUCUAUGGUCCUGGUAAGUAUACCCUAGUACUUAUUGUGUACGUCCCAGUGUUUGGCUACAAGAUAUUGUCUCUAACCCUAUUGAAGUGCAUAGCCACAGCACAGCAGCUGUGAAUAUUGGCUUUAAGACUUUGUGGCAACCACGCACGUGUGCUCUGGGCACAUGCGAGCACACACACACACACACACACACACAGCUAUGGAGGAGGUCAAGGUUCCGCUUGGCUAGUUUAUUCUAAAAUUCAACCCAUCAACUUGGAAAGGAACUAAAAAUCAAACACCCUUUCCAUUCUGAAGCAACUGUACAAUCUGCUGGUUUUGUAGAAUCUGUCAAAUGUGCUUAUUUUCUAUGGGUUUUAUUUGUAUGGAAUUUAUUCGGAAGUUGCAGGACAAAGACCUCUAUCCUUGGAUCCUGGGCGUCCAGGAAGCGUCAUGACGUGAGUGGCCGACCUCAGCACAGCUUCACAACCGAGGACUGUGAAGGCACACUCACCAAACACGUCAAUUUACAGGGACAGUUGGUUAAUUCGCUAUCUUUUUAUUGGUGUGUGAAUCCCACUAGCAACGAGUGAGAAAGGCAGAAGCACAAUAAAAUGUGGCCUCUGUCCCUUACAAAACGACACCUUUCUCUAAAUGAGUCAACAACUAGAUGAUGAUACAGCAGUUAUAGGAUCAGAGAAAACCCAGGCCGUCAGUCAUGACUUUGAAAAGGUCUCGACAAUAAAACUGACUGUGGUCCGCUACAUCCCUGAUUCUUGGAAUGCAUGAAUUUAAAAUUAUGUAUGAUAAUCACCUUUGAAUUAUUAUAAUAAAUAUAUGUAUGCUUUUGUUUAUCAUAAAUUAUAUCAAUUGAGACUUCAAAAAAUAGUCUACGGCCAUAUCACCCUGAAUGCACCCCAUCUCGUCUGAUCUCGGAAGCUAAGCAGGGUCGGGCCUGGUUAGUCCUUGGAUGGGAGAUUUCAAAAAUAGGAAAUUUGUG